UUAAAGCUUUUACAGUAGGACGGACGCGAGUGCUCUUCACAAAUAUUGAUUAUAGGUCGUUUGAAAGAUCCCACCGCAAGAAUAACUCCGUACGGUGUUACAUAAUUUGGAACAGUCUUGCUAUUAGAGGAUACUGUACUUAAUACACAGUAAAAAAAUAUAUAUUUUAAUUUUAGGCUUAACGUUUUUAUUUUACUAACAGUUUACUUUAUUUUCCAGCUGCCUAUUUUAUAAUGCCGCGAAGGGGAUAGAUCGACAAAAACAUACUGUCGAAUAUCUAUCGGAUUCGUUGUACUAAUAAGUGUUGACAAUGGUCGGAGUGGAGUGAGCAUUUUCGAAGAUAUUUUGCGCUAUCGGUCUGCUGUUCCGUGGUCCGGUCAUGACUCUCGGUAGUGUCUCCGCUACCGGGAGCUCGGCGGAGGGCUGCUUCUGCUCCUGCUGCGGAGUGAAGAUGAUGCCCUACUUCUCCGAAAACGGAGUUGUGUCUCAGAACCAGAUCAACCAACUCAUCAGUGAGAGCUUCCUGACGGUGAAGGGCGCCGCUGUCUUCCUGCCUCGGGGAAAUGGCUCCUCCCCUUCCUCGGCGCCCCGCAUCAGCCAGCAGUGGAACAAACACACAGGUGACCUCCAGCAGCACCUGCAGACCAUGUUCACCGUGCUGCGGCCAGAAGACAACAUCCGCCUGGCUGUGCGCCUGGAGAGUGCGUACGCUCAGCCUCAGUGCACGCGUUACAUGGUGGUGGUGUCCACCAAUGGGAGACAGGACACAGAGGAGAGCGUGGUGCUGGGCCUGGACUUUGGCUCCUCAGACAGCUCAUGCACAAUGGGGCUGGUUCUACCCCUGUGGAGCGACACACUGAUCCACUUGGAUGGAGACGGGGGCUUCAGUGUGUCCACGGUCAACAGGGUCCAUGUCUUCAAACCGGUCUCUGUCCAGGCCAUGUGGUCCGCCCUGCAGUCGCUCCACAAGGCGUGCGAGGUGGCCCGCUGUCACAACUACUACCCCGGCAGCCUGUUCCUGACCUGGGUCAGCUACUAUCAGAGCCAGGUCUCCUCUGACCAGGUCUGCAUCAACGAGUGGAACGUUAUGCAGGAUGUCCAGUCCCACCGCGCCGACUCGCCCGUCCUCUUCACCGACGUGCCCACUGAGAGGGAGCGCACGGAGAGGUUGAUCAAGACUCGCCUCAGAGAGAUCAUGAUGCAGAAAGACCUGGAGAAUGUCACCUCCAAAGAAAUUCGCACAGAGCUGGAGAUGCAGAUGGUGUGCAACCUUCGGGAGUUCAAGGAGUUUAUUGACAACGAGAUGAUCGUCAUCCUGGGUCAGAUGGACAGCCCCACAGAGAUCUUUGACCAUGUUUACCUGGGCUCUGAGUGGAACGCUUCAAACUUGGAGGAGCUGCAGACCAGCGGUGUGAGGUACAUCCUCAAUGUGACGCGGGAGAUCGACAACUUCUUCCCAGGCGUUUUUGAGUACCACAACAUCCGCGUGUACGACGAGGAGGCCACCAACCUGCUGGAGUACUGGAAUGACACCUACAAGUUCAUCACCAAGGCCAGGAAAGCAGGGGCUAAGUGCCUGGUCCACUGUAAGAUGGGUGUGAGUCGCUCGGCCUCCACGGUGAUCGCCUACGCCAUGAAGGAGUACGGCUGGGACCUGGAGAGGGCCUUCGACUACGUCAAGGAGCGCCGCGGCGUCACCAAGCCCAACCCCUCCUUCAUGAAGCAGCUGGAGGAGUACCAGGGUAUCCUGCUGGCCAGUAAACAGAGGCAUAACAAGUUGUGGCGCUCCCACUCGGACAGCGACCUCUCAGAGCGCCACGAGUCUCCGCUGUGUAAGACGGGCCCUCCCAGCCACACCCUGGGCCUCUCGGACCCACACAACAACAACAAUGGCCCUACGCCCUCUCUGCAACACUUCCUGCUCCAGGCGCUUGGUGCUGCCAAUGACCCCGACAACAAGUCCAAGGGCUCCCACAUCUCAGACACACAGUCGGAGCCCGUCCGACUCACCCGCUCACUCUCCCACUCCCCUGGCCCGCCAGCCUCCAACGGUCUGUGUGUCUCCCGGGAGAGACUCUUUUCUCGAGGGCGAGGACCCCGCCAGGACUCCUUCCGCCCACGGGCGGUCACGGUGGUGCCCGAGGAGAGAACGGACAACUCUGCUCUGGCGGGGGUGGCUGUGACUGUGCCAAUCACCGCCGUCCCCCAUCCUCCCCCCUCACUGCAUAUCCUCCCUCCUUCUCCCUUCCCCCAGCCACUGGCCAAACCUCUCCAUCUAGGUUUGAGCACACAGUUGUCCAGUCCUGUGCCUAAACAGAAAUCCCAGAGUGUAGAGCUGACCCUGGAUCUGCCUGACCACAGCAGCUCCGAGGUCGUAUCUCAGGACACCCUGGAGUCCAGCGACGACUCGGACACCCUGGGAUGCUCCCUGUCAGACCCGCUGAGCGAGAGGGGGGACAGUGUCAGUAUGAUGUCCCCAGGGAUCCCCAUGGCCGUGAGCCCUCUCACCCCAACAACGCCUGGGUCUUUAGGACCCUACGCCAACGAUGACAACAACAACCCCGGCGGCGACACAGACACUAUCCUCGCUAACCCCGUCGACGCCACAUGCGUCACCACGUCCUCCAACCUCGGCACGGACAGCAUCGACUUCUUCAGCGCCCGCGAGAAAUUCCUGGGCCUGUCCCAAGACGGAAAGACCCGGACUCUUUCCGAGCAGAUGGCUCAGCGGACGCCUCAGUCGCAGUGCCCCAGCCAGGAGCUGCAGCCGCUGUCCCCCGAGAACCCUGCUGGAGCACUGCCACCACUGCCAAGCACAGAGGAAGAGGAGCAGGGAAAGAGUUCCCCCCAUACGGAGGACGGUAGCGACCGAGCCAGUCAAGAAAAAGCCUCGUCACCUCCCCAUCACGACAACGGCGUGUCAGUCCGCCAUAUUGUCACAGAGAUAGAGUCCAUAUCCCACCCGCCAGCGGCGGCGCCCCUCUCCUCCACCCAGCCGGCCCCCCACAGCCCACAGCAGCUGCGCCCAGACGACCGGGACGAGGAGACCCCAUUGACCUCACCCUCCUCCUACCCACAAUCCCCCGCCACGCCUCCCUCGGAUUGGCCGGCCGGCUCGGUGCGCAGGGCCACCAAACAGCUAGAGCAGAGGCUGAGGCAGGAGCUGGACUUAACUCUCAGCAACACGUCUACCCAACGCUCCCCUCUCCACUCCCCCAGUGCAGAGUUCCACCCCACGGGCUCCCCUCUCCAUACGCCAAGCACGGACUGCCCACCCCUCCUCGCUCCUACCACAGACUGCCCCAAGCAGCGUAAGCCAACCCCUGCUCCUGAGCAAGGAAGACCUCUGAACGAGGCUUUCACUGUGUCUGCAGAGCCCAAAGGAGAGACUGAGCAGGGAGGGUUUGUCAUCUCAGACAUGGACGUUGCCCCUUCCUUCUCUCACUACCCAGAUGCCCGCCACACCCCUAAGCCCAUCCCAAUCAUAGUGUGCUCUUCCCUAGAACCUUCUAGGGUCCAGCCCCAGGCCCCCCCUGCACUGCUGUGGCUGGAGGGGGUGACGGCCCUUGACUCAGACACGGAUGGCCCCUCCCCUCCCCCGCCCCACCACGGAAGGCUCGCCCUGGCACGCAGCAGUGAGGAACUGGAGAAGAUCCAGGAGACUCUAAGGGAGCUGCAGGCCUUCCUGUAUGAUGCGGGGGGCCUGGGGGCUGGAGAGAGACCUGGUCAGGGGAAACAUCACGGGGAGACUCCCGUGUGGCAGAGGGCCAUGGAGAUCGAGGCGCGGAUCCGCCAGGCGGGCCUCACGCCCCCCUCCUUGAUGAAGCGCUCUGCCUCGCUGGCCAAGCUUGAUUGCCUGGAGCUGUCAGCCAACGACCUGAAUGACUGGGACCUACGGGCCACCACCGCCAGCCCUUAUGCACCCCAAUUGAUGCCCACCCCUCACUCCCGCUCCCACCAUCACCCCAGCCCAGACGAUGUUUCCAAGAAGCAGCGGGUGUUGUCCAGGGCCCCCCUAGGGGAGGUGUACCCACUGGACUCAGACAGGACUGAUAGGGGCUCCCAGAGAGCAGGGAGUGAUCCCCCCUGUCUCUCCUCACCUCCAUGUCUUGUUCUUCAAGGGGAGGAGGAGCUAGAGACAGACCCCUCCCCCCGGCUCACCCGCACCCAGUCCCCGGCGAGCGCUCCCGACGUCCCUAUGACAACCGCGCAGCAGCAGCCCCGCGGGAAGAGUCACCCGCCGCGGCGGCUCCGCAAGGCUGCUGACAAGAAACGGACUGCCACUGUUCUCUACCACACCAUGUGACCUCACUGCACUCGGCCCUAGGCCGAGGGUGUCUAUGAGUGUGUGUAUGCGUGCGAGUGUGUGGUGUCCUAGGCCCUACAUGUGCAUUAUGGUCCAGACUGUCCCCCUUGGGCCCUUGUCUGUAGUAUGUGUGUGUGCACUGACUAGCUGUGUUGGACUCUUAUGUAAUCUGUUAGUGUUCAGGUGAAUGCUGACUCUGGAUGUUUGUUACUGUAGGUGCUUACCCCCCCCCCCCCCUUUUUAUAGUUUCUAAACAGUUGUAAUUUCUACAACUAAAAAGAGGGGGCUGUUUCUCAAAGAACAUGCACUUUACUCUUGUUUUUACCUUUAUUUUAUUUAGUAUUUUUUUAUUUUCUUCCCAGGGGAGUCUUUUUGCACUGAUUCUAUGGUAGCCUGUCUGUGUCACAUCUUUUAUUAUUCUUUUAUUCUUCUUUUCAACAAGACAACGUUCAUCUUUUUUUUUUUUUUAUCCUGUUCUUAGCUGUGACUAUUAAAGAAACAAAAGUACCUAUA